CACUGGAUAUACCCGGAUGUUGCGCUGGAAUUUGCACCGUGGAAACUUCCGGUAUCGGUGUAGGGUGGGACAGCGGAAGCGGCGGCUCUCAGCUUUGACAUAUACAUUUCGUCUGCCAAAUUUUGGGACAUAAUUUACAAAAAUGCCGGCUUACCACUCAAGCCUGAUGGAUGCAGACACCAAACUGGUGGGGAAUAUGGCAUUACUGCCCCUCAAAACACAGUUUAAAGGUCCUGCACCUAAAGAAACUAAAGACACAGAUAUUAUCGAUGAGGCCAUCUACUACUUUAAAGCCAAUGUUUUCUUCAAGAACUAUGAAAUUAAGAACGAGGCUGACCGAACUUUGAUCUACACCACUCUUUACAUCUCCGAAUGCCUCAAGAAACUGCAAAAGUGCAGUUCAAGAGGUCAAGGAGAGAAAGAGAUGUACACACUGGGAAUCACCAACUUUCCCAUCCCAGGAGAGCCUGGCUUCCCUCUGAAUGCAAUGUAUGCUAAACCCUCCAACAAACAGGAGGACGAAACAAUGAGGGGUUACCUGCAACAGAUCCGACAGGAGACAGGACUGAGAUUGUGUGACCGGGUGUUCGACCCUCAGACAGACAAACCAAGCAAGUGGUGGGUGUGCUUUGUAAAGAAACAGUUCAUGAACAAAAGUCUGUCUGCACCGGGCCAGUAACAAUCUCAGGAUCUCUCUUGGUACUUUUGUAUGGAUGGAAUUUGUCUUUAAUGUCUGUUUUUCCUUAAACAUGUGUGUAUGCGUUUACUCUGACUCUGUAAAGAAAGGCAUUUUUUACCAAUGAUAUCAAGUAUAUUUGAUUUCCGGCCUGUCGUCGUAUGUAACAGGAGCUGAUCAAAUAAAAUCCAUUGAAGAAUACAA